AUGGCCAAGAAAAUCCGCAGAGUCGCCGUCAUUGGAGCAGGUCCGGCCGGGGCUAUCGCAACAGAUGCGUUGGUCAAGGAGCAGGCGUUUGAUACCGUUCGCGUCUUCGAGAGACGGGACCUCACUGGAGGAACUUGGGUCUAUGCGCCAGAUCUCCCGCCACGCAUCCCCUCCCUCCGCGACCUCGUCGAGCAGCGUGCGAAUCCCACCGUCGAGAUUCCCAAGAGUUUCCCAACAUGGACGCCAAAGACAGAGAAGAUCAACUCGCACCAGUUGCGCUACUCAGACACGGGCGUUCACGAAGCCCUCCACAGCAAUAUUACGCCCGAGAUCAUGGCGUUCACGCAGGAGCCCAUCCCUGAGACACUUUCUGAGCGGACCCUAGCGCAAUACGGGCCAGGAGCGCCAUUUAGACAUCGAGAGCUUGUCAGGGAAUGGGUCGAGGCAAUCUUCACCCGCGGCGGCCAUGAGAAGUUGAUUGAGUUUAGCACGACGGUCGAGCUCGUGGUGAAGAAGGGCGACGAGUGGGUUCUCACUUUGCGGAAGGUUUUGCCGCGGAAGUCGAAGGACUACUGGUGGCAGGAAGUCUUCGAUGCAGUGGUCGUCUCUUCCGGCCACUUCUAUUUGCCUUUUAUCCCGAAUAUUGCUGGUCUGCUGAAAUACGACGAGAAAUUCCCAGGCAGAGUGAGACACAGCAAGCAUUUUCGGAAUCCUGAGGAGUUUAGGGGAAAGAAAGUUGUCGUUGUUGGUGGAUCGGUUUCAGCCUUCGAUGCCCUCCAUGAUAUCCGUCUAGUCGCACAAACACCAGUGAUAGCCUCCCUCCGCGAGCCACUUCCUGCUUUUGGCUGGGCACCGUUCACCCAUCCCGACAUCACCAUCAAGUCGCAGAUCAAGCAUUUCUGCCAUAAGACGGGUCGAAUCACCUUCAGCGAUAAGUCGACAGUAGACGAUGUCGACAUUGUCCUCUUUGCUACAGGUUACGACUUCAGCUUCCCAUUCCUGCCAAAAUUGAAGGUCGAGAACAGGCGUAUCCCGGGGCUUUAUCAGCAUGUCUUCCACGUCGACGACCCGACUCUGGCAUUUGUAGGCAUGGUAACGGGAGGAUUCACCUUUCGCGUUUUUGAGUGGCAAGCGGUCGCUGCAGCGCGCGUCUUUGCAGGGCGAGGCAAGCUCCCUCCUAGACCUGAGAUGGAGAAAUGGGAACAGGAUCGUUUGAUCAAGCGAGGAGACGGCAUUCCUUUCUUCACUUUGUCGCCCGACUUUGAAGAGUAUUUCGAAGCCUUGCGGUCGAUCGCUGGUGAGCCCGGGGCUGGGACAACGGGCAGGGUAUUGCCAAAGUUCGAUUCGAAGUGGCUGGAAGCGUUCUCGCAGGUCAUCAAUGCUAGAGUCGACUGGUGGAAGAAGGAAACGAAAAAGGCGGAGGAGCGACGGACUGUUGCUGUCAAGUCGAAGCUUUAG